AUGGACAGCGCGGCAGCCUUCGGCAUGGACAAGCAGUUCGGCCCCAGCCCCGGGCGGAUCCUGGAGCCGCCUGACAACCCGCAGGGCAGGAAAAACUUCAGUGUCAGCCACCUCCUGGACCUGGAGGAAGUGGCGGCCGGCAUGAACGGGGGCAAGGAGCCCGGCCCGGAGGCGAGGGACGGCGCGAAGGGGCUGCAGGAGCCGUCCGGCGGCAGCAGCGGCAGCGAGGCGGCCCCCCAGGACAGUGAGAGUCUGAGUCCGAACCGUGGGGCUGCCAAGCGGAAGAAGAAGCAGAGGAGGAACCGCACCACAUUCAACAGCAGCCAACUCCAGGCGCUGGAGCGAGUCUUCGAGAGGACGCAUUACCCCGAUGCUUUUGUGCGAGAGGAGCUAGCGCGGCGGGUCAACCUCAGUGAGGCCAGAGUCCAGGUGUGGUUCCAGAACCGAAGGGCCAAGUUCCGUCGCAACGAGCGGGCGAUGCUGGCCAACAGGUCCGCAUCGCUCCUCAAAUCCUAUAGCCAAGACGCAGCCAUUGAACAGCCCAUGGCCCCCAGGCCGACUGCCUUGAGCCCAGAGUAUCUCUCCUGGACCACCACAUCCCCAUACAGCACCGUGCCAUCCUACAGCUCAAGCGGCACCGCGACGCCCGCCCAGGGGGUGAACAUGGCAAACAGUAUCGCCAGCUUACGCCUCAAAGCCAAAGAGUUCAGCCUGCAUCAGAGCCAUGUGCCCACUGUGAACUGA